AUGUCUCGAGAAGGAGUCGAGUCCAAGGCGGGGGCUGUCACUCCAGUUGACGGCCGCCAGGGCUUCCUUGAGCCGCGCCAACUUCAUGUGCCAGAGACCGUCCUCGGGGGCGCUCGGAGAUGGAAUACAAGGGACCUGGGAUCAAGGCUGGCAGUCGAUGUGGUUAGUGCUGCAACUGCUGGUGCCCUCAUAUGUCCGAUGAUCACCAUUAUCGACAAGUCGAUUAUUGAGAAAGCAGCAAAGGGUAUAUCAAUCCAAUCGAGUUUGGCCUCAUCGUUAAAGGGCAUGAUAACAAAACCCCAUCGAUUCCUCACUUCGACUCCCUUCCUGCUCAUUUACACCCUCUACUCAUCCACCUACCUCUCUGCCAACCUGAUCGACACUGCCGUGUCCACCAUGGAAGAUAAGGCUUACAACAAUGUAUCCACUGGAUUCAUGAAAUUCCUAACCACGGCCAUGGUGAACAUGUCAAUAUGCGUGUAUAAAGACUCCCGGUUUGUUAAGAUAUUUGGAACCCAAGGACAAGGAAACAAGCCCUCAUCAGCAUCCGCACAGGCCCCGACCGCUGCUGCCGUGACUCCACAGAUCAAAGCAGCGGCCGCCUGCCUACCGCAAAGCGCACCAAAGAUUCCAAUAACAUCAUAUGGUCUCUUCUGCUUCCGUGAUAGUAUCACCAUCUUUGCCUCCUUCAAUCUCCCGCCCAUAGUAGCCAGAUACGUACCAGAUGCGGUUGCAUCAAAUCCGAAGUCGAAAUAUGCCAUUGCUCAAUUCGCCAUCCCGGCUUCUAUCCAGCUAAUCAGCACGCCCUUCCACUUGUUAGGACUGGACCUCUAUAAUCGCCAGCCUCCCGGCGGGUUACCAGCAGCUGAUAGAUGGGCUCGCGUGAAGAGAGACUGGGUCCCAAGCUGUAUUGCUAGAAUUGGACGAAUUCUGCCAGCCUAUGGUGUUGGUGGCGUGGUGAAUACAAGAAUGAGAGAAAGAUUUAUGAGCUCUAUUGACCCGGGGCAGAGAUCUUAA